GAUGGGAUGAUUUCCUUUUCAGCAUUUAUAUUUAGUGUUUUGAUUUAUUUUUUUAUUUUUGAAUUACCAUUGUUUUGGUAGUUUCUACAUGGCCACUGUCAUGUUGUUUUUACAACGCCUCUUGUUGCUGCCUAGCUACUAGUUGCACCUUUGCUUCAUUAUCCUAUCUUUGGAUUGAGGGAGUUUUGAUUUUGCUUUUGCCCUCUGGUACUGACAAACAAUAUUGCCAUUACUAGUUCUGACCCUUGUCUGUUCCCUGAUAUGCCUUUGCAGUCUUCCUUCUGCAUAAACUUUUCCUGGUCAAAUACUUCUCACAAACUUAAGGUAUAAGGCCAUACCCAAAGGUCAGCUGGGGAACUGAAUAAACAGGUGAGCUCGGAUAACAAGACGGUCUUUGCCAGGCCACCCAGAAGAUGGAGUUAAUUUAUCCAGGUUGUAACAUCAAUGUGACAUGCAGAGAUUCUUGCUGAUACUGUGUAAACCCUAUGAAGGGAAUGACAGGUACUGCUGUGUAUCAUUAGCAUAGCACUGAUCUCAGAAACCGUGGGACAAGGAGGUAGGGCUUAGUGAGGUGGUGUACAAGAAGAAGAGGAGAGAACCCUCCACUGAUCCUUGUGGCACCCCCGUGCUUGCCUAGUGCACUCCUGAUAUCAUGUCCAAGAGGUAGGACUCAAACCAUGUGACAGCGGUUGCAGUAGAUUGUCAUGAAAAUCAAACUUUGAACAGAAAUGAGCAUUCGAGACUUUGGUUCAUAUCUCCUCCCCAGAAUAACAUUUCAGUGGAUGCUACUGUAGCUUUAAGGCUGCUGAUCUGUGGAGCUCUGUCCCUAGGUGUGUUCGUUCCUAAACAUUGAUGGUGUGCUUUUGUAGAUGUGCAGCUUAAGCUGAGUGUUCACUCUAAAUUGGCCCACAGUGAGUAGGAUUAACAAAGUCCUGGCACGCAGACCAGGGUUGAUUCCUUUGCUGUCUCCUUGCAACUUUGAGUCAAAGUAAGUAAGCCUGGAAAAUGAAUGGAUGAUUUUUUUUCACUUAAUUCUUCUCAGACUGCAUAGGACUAAUGAAUGUUUUGAGUGGUAAAUAUUUAAUGCCAACUGCAUGUUUGUGUGUCAAUCACUUACAUCCCACAACUCUAAAAGUAGCCAGACGUACUGAUGAAAACUGAUGUCAGAGUGUGUGAGAGCAAUAAUAUUUUGGGCAGUUUUGCUUGGACUUUCAAAAAAGGUUGAUGAUUUUUCUUUCAUAAGUUCUUUGGUGGUACUGAAAUUUGUAUAUUUUUUAAAAAUCCCUGUCUGCAUGGUAGUUUUCUCUGUACAUAUUAGUAUGCUGUAAUUUAUUUACUCUGCUGACCUUUUCAUAUUCUUUAAUGAUAGAUUUAUGACUUGCAAGUAAUAUUGUAAUUAAUUCUGUCACUUUUACAUUCAUCAAAUAUUUACUUAACAUUACUUUACUGUUAUAUCUUAAUCAUUUUAAUGUUUUUAAAGUAAGUAUACAGUAUUAGGCUGAAAAGUGUGUUUUUGGUGAGAAUAUUACAGCAUUAGUUUAAGUCAGAAUAUAACUAGCAUAAUUGCCAGCAAAUUUGUAAAUGUGGCCUGCACAGUGGUAGACAUGCUGAUGUACAGUAGUAUACCAAGAAUUUGUUAGAGUUAAUAAGUAAUCACAGCAACCUUUGAUCUCAUCACACGCCUGCUAAAGUACUAAACAAAGGUAGGCAAUAUGUAAUGCACAGGCUCAGGCGUGUUAAUAACUUAUCAAUGAGCAUGGCCAACAGCUAUUCCUUCUUUAAAGAAGUCAGAAUUUAGUGAGGCUCAUCACAAGGUGCCAAGAGAGAGCGUCUUAAUCUGUCAUGGAAAUGGUGAAACCAGCAGCAGGCGAUUUGCUAGCAGAGCAAGGAAGUCCAGUUCUACAAGAUCCCGAUGGACUGCCAUUCUCCAGCUAUCCCACCAUUCAGUACUCUCCAGCACAGCCACCCAUUUCGUCACCACCUUACUACUCCAGCCAUAAUUUUUAUCCUCAGUAUCCCGAUGACUGGUACUCUUCCUCUGCAAUGUACGAACUGAGAAAAGCAACUUGUGAAAACAGCUACGAGAAGGAGCUCGAAGAUGGCAUUUUGCCAGUUUUAAAAAGGUCACGACAGGGACUUCAUCCUGGAAGGACAAAAGGUGAAGAGCUGUGUGUCGUUUGUGGAGAUAAGGCCUCUGGGUACCAUUACAAUGCACUCACAUGCGAGGGAUGCAAAGGCUUUUUCAGGAGAAGCAUUACGAAGAAAGCAGUGUACUCCUGUAAGAAUGGCGGGAAUUGUGAAAUGGACAUGUACAUGAGAAGAAAGUGUCAAGAAUGCCGACUUCGGAAAUGUAAAGAAGUGGGAAUGCUUGCAGAAUGCCUACUUACAGAAAUACAGUGCAAAUCAAAAAGGCUCAGGAAAAACACAAAGCAAUCUUUUGAAGAAAGAGAAGGUGAAUCUGAGGAGUUGGAAGGUACAGAUACCAAGCAAGUCACAUCAACAACUAAGGUUUCUAAGGAGAAGGCUGAACUUAACCAGGAACAAGAAACUCUCCUCAGUUACAUUGUAGAAGCCUACAAUAAAUGUCGCAUUCCACAGGAUAUGGCAAAAAAAUUACUUCAAGAUCAAUUUAGUACUGAAGAAAAUUUUCUUUUGCUCACAGAAAUGGCUACAAGCCAAGUGCAAGUGUUAGUGGAAUUCACCAAAAAGUUGCCUGGAUUUCAAACUCUUGACCAUGAAGACCAAAUUGCUUUGAUUAAAGGUUCAGCCGUGGAAGCCAUGUUCCUUCGUUCAGCACAAAUAUUUAACCGGAAACUCCCCCAGGGUCACAAUGUGGUACUGGAAGAAAGAAUUCGGAAAAGUGGUAUAUCCGAUGACUACAUAACCCCAAUGUUUAAUUUUUACAAAACUGUUGGAGAAUUGCAGAUGACGCAAGAAGAACAUGCUCUUCUUACUGCUAUCACUAUCUUGUCCCCAGAUCGUCCCUAUAUCAAGGAUUUACAUGCAGUAGAAAAACUUCAAGAGCCAAUUCUCAACGUUCUUCAAAUAUUUUGCAAGAUUCAUCACAAUAAAGACCCCCAGCACUUUGCCAGAUUGCUGGGGCGGUUGACAGAGCUGAGGACUUUAAACCAUCACCAUGCAGAAAUGCUGUCAUCAUGGCGCAUGAAUGAUCAGAAAUUCACACCACUUCUCUGUGAAAUCUGGGAUAUGCAGUGAAAGUUUUCUGGCAGUGCACAGACUCAAUGUGGAACUUAUUUUGUAUUAUGUCAUCACAUUCCAAGGAGAUAUAGCAGUACUUUUGGGGGUGGAAGUUUUACUGUGACACUUAUUACUAAUAUCAUAGGAAAAGAGGAAUGCUGCACUAAAGCUUGUUAUGCAGUAGCAAACAGUUGCUGGAGCAAUAUGACGCAGCAAAGAGGAUGUAGCAUCCAGUUUAGUACAAUACAGUAUCUGUACUCUGGAGAUUAGACACACUCUUUCUGGAAGGGCAUUUUUUUAUAUCCACAGCUCAGUGUGAUAAAUUAGUGCAAUAAAAUUAUGUAUGAAUUCAGAAUAUAUUUUAGAAAAAUAUAUAAAUGCCAUAUACUGAAAUGUCAAUCUGCAUGUACUACAAAUAUGCUUUAAGGGAACCCAUCCAAAACAUAAGCAAUAAAGGCCAAAGCUAUCUUAUGCAGUAUAUAGUGAAGUCAACUUUCAGUUUCUACUCUACACUUACUAAAUUUAAAUUUGAGGUGAAAAAAUAAAUAUGAGGAAAGAAUGCACAAACAUGCAUUUGUGCUUAUGUUUAAACAUGUCAGAAUAAGACAACUUUUUCCAUUUGAGCAAUCCCCCCAAACAUCUCUAAACUCUUACCUUCCAUUUUUAAAAGUGAAAUGAAUGACUAAUUGGGUUAGACUGACUGAUCUUUUUUGUUCUUUUUGAUCUAGCCUAAAACAUUCACGACUCUGUUACCGUACAUUUCUUUAAUCAAAUAAACAGGAACAGCCUGACAAAUAAGAAAUACCUCGUCCCCAUAACUAAUGCUCAAUUAUAAAUAAACAGAUAAAACAUAGUCUUAUUAUUCUACGCAAGAAAUAACCAUAAAUAAA